AUGAAGGAAGAUUAUGGAGGAAAGGACGUCUGGGGUCUGGGGAUGUGGGAAGUGUUUGAAGAGAAGGAAUGCAUUAGACAGUGGGCAAACACUGCUGUCAUUUCAUCAGCCGGCUCCAUGGCUCCUCUGCGCUGUGUUGCGUUGUUGCUGCUGUGUGUGUGGAGGUCCGCCAGUACCUCCAUCGAGGGAGACCUGGACUAUGGAGGUGUUCCUUUAUGGAUCAACCGCCUGCUGGGUGAGCCCAGCGUGCUGAGCCUGCAGGGGCGGAUGGACCGUGCCUGGUACAGAGCCAACAACCCAGAGGGCUGCCCCCAGCAGUGUGACUGUCCCAUCCACUGGCCCACAGCUGUGUACUGCGACCACAGAGCGCUGGCACACAGCCCUGACAGACUGCCAGACAAAACCCAGUACCUUUUUCUCCAGGGCAACAACAUCUCGUCUCUGUCCUCCUCUGCUCUGGCCAACGUCACGGGGCUGCGGUGGCUCAUCCUGGACCACAACCAGCUGCAGAGCGACAAGCUGGACCUGGCCGCACUGCAAAACCAGACCCAGCUGUGUUAUUUUUUUGCCAACCACAAUCACCUGAGCUCGGUUCCCAGUGCUCUGCCUGCUGGACUCAGGCAGCUGAGGCUGGCACACAACCAAAUCCACACCAUCAGCCCGGGAGCAUUCAAGAACCUGCACAACCUGACGCUGCUGCUGCUGCAGGGCAACCGGCUGCAAACCAUCACCCAGGGAGACUUCAAAGGUCUGAUCAAACUGAACCUGUUGGACCUCAGUGGGAAUUUGUUCUCCUCGGUCCCCAGGCAUUUGCCCCCCUCUGUCCAGCAGCUCUAUCUGUCCAACAACUCUCUGUCUGCACUGGGGGAGGACAGUUUUAUGGGGUUUCUUGACCUCAAGUACCUUCGUUUAAGUAGCUGCGGUCUACGGAGUCCUAACGUCCACCCACAGGUCUUCAACAUCUCCAGCCUGGUGGAGCUGGAUCUCUCCUACAACAACCUCACCACCAUUCCCACAGUGCCCACCACCCUGCAAUACCUCUACCUGGAGGCCAAUGAAAUACAAGAGUUCAACACGACAAGCUUCUGCAGAGAGGUAGGGCCGCUGUCCUACUCAAGGAUGAGGAUUCUACGACUAGAUGGAAACAAGUUGUCCUACCAGCAGCUGCCUCCUGACUGGGUCUUCUGUCUCAGAGUGCUUCACAGUAUUUACAUCUGA